AUGUUCGACAAGCGAACUGCCCGCUACGCCUCCCUCGUAGCCGACUUCUGGGUUUCCCUCGGCUCCGGAACCCACUAUGUCUACUCCGCCUACGGACCUCAGCUCGCUGAGCGUCUCGGUUUCUCGGCCACCCAGUCCUCAGUCAUCGCGACCCUCGGCAGUGUCGGGGUCUACCUGGUCGCCCCCGCCGCCGGUGUCGUUAUCGACCGGAAGCCUCCCCAUAUCCCCAUCACCAUCGGUGGCUGCAUGAUCCUCUUCGGUUACAUGAUGAUGCGUUUCGCCUACACCUCCGAGCUGCGGUCUGUCGCCUUCGUCGGAAUCUUCAUGAUCGUCGCCUCCGCCGGAAACACCUUUGCCUACCACGCCUGCGUCAAGUGCGCCGCCGUCAACUUCCCCCAUAAACGCGGUACCGCAACAUCCAUCCCCGUCGCGGGAUACGGUCUCUCCGCCCUCUUCUUCUCCCAGAUCGGAAAUGCCGCAUUCCCCGGUGACACCGGUCGCUUCAUGCUCAUGCUGCCCCUUCUUUCCUCCGGCCUCGUCUUCCUCGGUCUCCCCUUUGUCCGCAACAUCACCCUCGACAAGAUCGCCGACUCUGAAGUCGCCGUCAUCCCCGAUGACAUCCAGUCCGUCGAGACCGAUGCCCUCAUCCGCCAGACCACCAACUCCGCCUCCUCAGUCAACGAGAAGAAGUCCUACGCCGCCAUCUCCGAGUUUGAGCACGAGAGCGCCCAGUCUGAGGUUACCGACGAGGAGGCCUCUAUGGCCGACGAAAUCGUCUACGCCCCCGACGACCCUGAUGAGAUCGACAUCCACGGAUGGGCCCUUCUCCGUGACUUCCGGUUCUGGACUCACUUCACCAUCUUCGGUCUCAUGUCCGGCUGCGGUCUUAUGUACAUUCUCUCCGACGGAUACGUCCUCCGUGCUCUGUUCACCUACCGCAACCCCUACAUCUCCCCCCAGGAUCUCCUCACCAACCAGGCUAUCCAGGUCUCGCUCGUCUCCUCCUUCUCGUUCAUCGGUCGUAUCAUCGCCGGAUACUGCGCCGAUCGUCUCGUUCGCCACGGAUACCAGCGCAUGUGGGUCAUCUUCGUCGGUACCCUUUGCUUCGUCCUUGCUCAGAUCGGUGGUCUUACCAUCACCUCUUCCCGUUUCAUGUGGUUCACUUCGAUCUUCAACGGUAUGGGAUACGGUGCUCUCUUUGGCUCCUACGCCUCCAUCAUGUCCGAGGUCUUUGGCAUCAAGCGUUUCUCCGAGAACUACGGUUUCCUCACCAUCUCCACCGUCAUCGGCUCUGAUGUCUUUGCCUUUGCUUUCGGUGCUAUCUACGAUGGCAACAGCUACUUCAUCCCUGAGGAUGCGUACAUGAACUACCCCGAGUACAAGGGCGACUUCAACUCCUCCUCGCCUUACUACAACAUGACCACAACCUACCAGUACUUUGACGAGUUCACCAACACCACCAUGCGGAGAUUCGGUUCCCAGGUCGGCCAGGUCUGCGACAAGGGCGUCGACUGCUACCGCACCGCCUUCAUCAUCACCCUUCCUUGCUCCAUCGUCGCCACCGUCUUGUCCAUCCUCCUCAUCCGUUACGAGAACCGCAAGAACACCAGACUCGCCAUGGAGCAGGAGGCCAUGCUCGCGGCCGGUAACGCAAAGUCGCUUGCCGAGUCCUCGGACGCUGAUGCUACCCUCGUCGCCGGGCAGUAA